UCUCCAUUCUUGAGCUGCGGUCACACUGCUCAGAAGCUCGGCAACAAAAAAUAAUUUUCAACUUAAAAUUUUAGCGACAAGUGCGUUUUGUCUCGAAACAAAUAACCAAAAUUGCAAAAGUCCACCGGAGUUAACGUCGCCAUGGAGGACCUUUCCUAUGACAAAGUCUUUGAGGAAGUUGCUUUCAAAGGAGAUAACACAGCCAACCUGUCGGAGCCCACAUCUCCAGCCGCUUCUGUGGCCUCCGCAGAAAUUGCCGCCGAGUUUGCUGCGCUGUCCGUAGAGGAGAAGGAGCAGCGGCGUGCCGAGUGGAGUCAGGAGCUGGCCCGCGUUGAGGAGGAGAUCAACACGCUGCGCACCGUUCUCGCUUCGAAGACGCGACAUGCAUCCGAUCUCAAACGCAAGCUGGGCAUCACCGUCUGGAAGGAGGUGACGGAUGACAUGAAUCAGGGACUGAAGAACAUCAAAGAAAGCACUGUUUACCAAUCGGUGGAGCAGAGCGUGGAGAGUUUUACUAAAGCCGUGCACGAGGCACCCCUCUAUCAGCGGACUGAGUCGGUGCUGAAGUCGACGGGCGAGAAGACCGCCUCGGUGUUUGGCAGCAUCACCAGUGGCAUUUCCUCGAAAUUGUCGCAAAUGAAAAACUCCGAGUCGAUGCGUUCUAUUGAGGCUUCGGUGGGCUCUGCCUACGAGAACGUUAAAGUAAGCUAUGAACACAACAAUUUUAUGUGCCAAUCUCAUGCGACCAAGGUGACAUCGCGUUCGGGCUCGGUAUCCAGUUUCCCGGACGCUCUGGACGAGAGCAACACAUCCUCGGGCCUGAACUCACCCACAGACGCGCUCACUAAGUAGAGGUUCCUCCAGAAGGGAAUCCCAUAACUUAGCGUCGAAGCGUUGAAAAGCGAAGAAAACUAUUCUACACACACACAGUACACUAAAGACCCAAAAACAACACACAAACACACUCUAAUAACUCAUUAAACUAACUACGAAUUGUCGUGUCUGCACACUAACCACAGGAUCAGAAUUUAACUUAAAGAUCAAGUACGUGUGUUGCAUAUACAUAUAACUGGAAAUAACUGUAAAUCUGUGCAACAUAUAUUGGCUUGAUGGGAGCACAUACAGGCUCGAACUGCAUGAAUUGUUUUUGAACUUGAAGCCGAAUUCAUUUAUCUAACCAUCAGUCUAAUGUGUACUUGCAAAGACCAAAUAAUUAUAUUCGGAAGCCGUCAUUCCCAGGGUCUUUUCUUUCCAAUACUUAGUUGUCGUUUUUAGCGGAUAACAAAUACAAAUAUAUAUAUUUUAUUUCUUCUCUAGGCCUUGAGUCACGUGGUUAGAUGGCGAUCCCAUUGAGAAGCAAACUUGCAAAAUUUCCUACGAUCCAAUAUAUAUUAUUCGAAUUGCGAUUCAGAGCUUGUGUGCAAAAAUAACAAAAUAACGAAAAUCCAUUGGUAAUUUUAAGAGGUUCGGGUACAACCCGUACUGCUAAAGAAACUGAAAACAUGUAAAUCGCACCCGAUUUGUUGCUAUAUAAUGCUGAUCUAAGAUUUGCUAUAUGUGUAUAUGAAAAACUUUGAAUAAAUGCAAUUUUUUGCCCCUGUAAAAGAGAA